UUUGACAUUUGACAUCGAUCAUAUCAUAACCUUCAAACAAUGCAAAUCUAGUUGUGUUACUCUCACAUUUAUUGCAUUUAUUCAUCAACCAAAGUGUUCGCAACGAUUGAAAUCGCUAUCAAAACACAAACACAUUAACGCCUAAUCAGAAUCUCUUAGAAUGUGCGCGCCUGUCGAAAAUUUCCAACGUUUUUAUAACCCUGUGCAGUAAUCACAUCAUAUAUUUAGCUAGAGAUAAACAAGAAUGAUUAUCAUCGUUCAUUCGCUGUACUUUGUGAUAAGAUACGCACUGCGAUGGUAUCGCCGGUAUCAAGCGAAUGCAAUCAUUCGCUUAUCGGCUGAACAACGUGCGCUGGAAUCUUUGGCUGCUGAAAAACCAGCCGCACUUCCACUGGACCCAGAAGAAUGUUUUGUUUUUCCAAUUCCGGUCUAUCGACAGCGAUAUUCUGCUGUGCAGGAUGUUUUACUGGAUCCACGCUGGCGGAAAGAUAUACGAAAGGUGGUGGAUUUCGGCUGUGCAGAAUUCGGCUUCUUUCAAUACCUGAAACAUUUGAUGGGAGUCACCGAUAUCUUGGAAGUGGAUAUUGAUGAUACACUGUUAAAAGAGAAUAUGUUCAGGGUGCAGCCGUUGACAGCGGAUUAUUUGAAGCAGAGGACUGAUCCACUCACUGUGGAGAUCUUUCGAGGCAGUAUAAGUGAUCCAGAUUGGAGGAUUAGGGGAAUUGAUGCUGUUGUUGGCAUUGAAAUUAUUGAACACUUGUUUCCGGACAUCUUGGAUGCAUUGCCCUACAAUAUUUUCGGUUUUGUUCAGCCGAAAUUAGCGAUUUUUACAACACCAAACGCGGAUUUCAAUGUUCUCUUCCCGAAUUUCAAAGGUUUUCGACAUGAUGAUCAUAAAUUCGAGUGGACGCGUCAACAAUUUGAAGAUUGGGCUCAAAACAUUGUUUUGCGUUAUCCUAACUAUUCUGUGACGUUUACUGGUAUUGGAAAAGGUCCCAAAGGCACAGAAUCGCUUGGAUGUUGCUCACAAAUGGCGGUUUUCGUCAAGGAAUACGAACAAAUCCAUUCAGAGGUCGCUGGUGUCGCUGGACAUGCGUCUAAUGUCGAUGUGAAUCAUGAUUGGCGCUCGUUUGGUGUCUGCACACAUUUUAGUUUCUCGCAAGCACAGAUGGCGCUGCUUGCGGAUGAUUUAUUCGAUUUGAAUCCGAGGCUAAUCAAAGAAGGGAAUAUAACUACAGGUGAACAGCGUCAGGAUGAGUAUUAUCAUCAGAUUGGAGUGAUUAAAUAUCCAUUUGUGGAGGAUGUACGCUCACCGGAGGAAAAAGUUCUCUACGAGGCUAUGCAACAGAUUUAUAUGCAUGCAUCGCAUACAAGUCGGUAUUUUAAUGAGGAUACCGGUAUAGUAGAAAUCCCAUUGUAUGAAGUCGUGAAGAAUUUUGACGGGCAUUUUGUGAGCGAAUCAGAAAUAAGGGUUAUUCUCGAGGGUGCGGACUUCAAGAUUGGCGAAUGCACACUCUACGGUUCUGAUGAGCGUUGCCUCUGCGUGCUGUACGACAUUGAAAUGGCUGGGCAAUCGUCACGCACCGCCAGCGACUAUGAACCGUCGGAACAUGCCGAAGAAGUUGAGGUUAACGACGAUGCACGAUGCGUGGAUAAAUCGAAUCUCGCGCGUAAUAUAAACUCCAGCGCUGAUUCCGAUUGGGAGUUUGAUGAGCGUGCGAUGCGUGCUGGCAACGCCUCCAAGGAUGAAGCAGCAACGCCAUCUGAUCCACUAGUUGAUUCGGGGUAUCAAAAAUCGCUGAGUAAUGCUGAGUGGUCCCCGCAGAGUCCGAUAGAUGGCCAUUUCGAUGAGCAAUUCAUGCCGAAGAUGGAUGUGAAUGAUAUUAAAGAUUCAAUCAAAGCACGUUUGGCAAAAACCCAUAACGGUAUGCCAAUGAACAAUCGGCUGUUGUCUGAAUGGAGGCGCUUUUCAGGUGGUUGCAGCCGCAGUGCUGUCAAAUACACACCAACAACAGCGCCACCAUCACUCGGCGGAGCCGCGCGAACUAAAUCGCCUACACCAGGCACAUCACGACGCCGAAAAUCAUUUCGAUCCGAUAGUGAAGAAGACGCUAAAUCAAUCGCUGAUGUUUUACUCUACAAUUCACUAAAUAAGAUAGAAGUUGAUGUUCCGCAUGUGGAACAACCAGUGGUCCCACUUGUACGCCCACAGGAUCUCGAAAUCCCACAGUUUAUAGUCGAAAACGGUGAUUUGGCUAACAAUAACCGUGAUGGUGAAGGUAAUAACAUUCCCGAGGUGGAUGAUGUGUUGCCUAACCUUGAAUUUGCUAACGGUGAUGAUCCCAAUGAGAAUGUAGAUCAUAUAGAUUAUAUGGAUAACGAAGAUGAAGAAAAUCGUAAUGUUGUGAAUAAUCACAAUCCGGAUGAUGGGAUUGUUGUGGAUGCACCACCAGAAGUGCAAGUCAUACCGGUUUUGGAGAUUGUCGACGUGCAUCAUGCGCUGCCACCGCCACCUUUGGACGAAGAAGAUGAAGAGGAGUUGAAUCAUGUGUCCAGGGAAGCGUUGUUCGAUCCGAACUCACAGUCGGAUUUCCUUGAAGACGGCUCGAUUACAGACGAAGCGGUGGAUCCGGCGGAGUUUGACGUGGAGCCAGCAGCGGAUUCUGUGGCGCCGGUCAACAAUCUCUUCCCGCAUUGGCUGCUGCAGCUGCUGGGCGGGGCCAACAACACAGCUGACGCGGACGGUGAGGAUGCGCAGUGGCGUGACAGCGAUGAAGAUGAACCGCAUUUUUACUGCCAAGGCGAUGGUUUAGGUGUGCAUCCAUCAGUUGUCGACGUGGAUCGUGAAUCUUCAUCGAUUGCAUCGUCAACGGAUGAAGCAGUCGCCGAACGCACGUUGAGUGAAAAUGAUUUGAGAUCUUUGCCAACAGAUGGCGUUUCCGUCGCGACUGACAGCGCUGCUGCCGCGCUGGCGAUCUUUGGCCGUGCACUUGACAUUCCUUUGGUUAUGCUGGAUCAGACAGCGAGUAAUAUGAGCCAGGACUCUGGCGGCGAGGAGUUUUUCGAUACGCUUGCUGAACCCAACGCGAAUUCCGCGCAUCGUGAUGCAUCUUCCAGUCAAGGAUAAAUUUUUCGUUUACUUUUUCGACCUCCUUUCCUUCCGUCUUCCUAAUAAACGUGCAGAACACUAUACGCCGAAAUGUUACACAUUCUCGUUCACUUACACAUAUAUACAGGCAGGUAAAACGUGCGUUUAAUGUAAGUUAAGUAUAAGUGAAGCUGUGAUUAGACAUUUUCAAGUGUCGCAAGACUGAUUACGAAAUUACCAAAAACACAAAGUGUUAAAAAUGUAGAAGUACUCACUUAAACAUAGAUAAAUCAGCGGAA